AGGUCUAAACAAGCGUGUUCAAUGCGUUCCAAAGCUGAGGUGUUACAAGUUUCUUUUGAGGUAACUGAUAUAAAGUGGUUGAACCAAAAGCUACGUAAGUAACAUCUCACAUCCUCAUCUCCUAUCUUGUCUUGAAGUUGUGUCUUUACAUUCUUUACUCAGUAGCUUGUGGCAUGUGUGAUUGGAGACAAUUUAAGAGCUGGCGGGCGAAAAAAGGCAGAAUUUUGGGUGGUGAAAUGCCUUUGCUUGAUGCUUGAGCUAGGCUUCUCUCGAUAAUGGCCUAGUGUUUUACGCCCGUUAUUUUUCACGCCUCCCCUGCCCGAGAGCUACGAUCUAGCUUACGACUUUGUUACAUGAAUGUACGCCUGUUAUCAACGUCCAGGAUAGAUAUUGAAUUGGAUCUCUUUACCUUUGGAGCUUACGCAUUAGGUAAAGAUACAAAUCUGACAAAAUUAUCGAUUACGUAAAGAGGGCUCGAACUGCUAGUGAGGUUUAAUAUCGAGGUUCUUUUUGUUGGAGCGAUUCGAUUCAGAGUUUCCCUUUCUCAAAUGGCGCGAUAACACGCAAGGUCGCGUGAACAUUGUUAGUAUGCAUAGAAGUGUUUUGGUUUCAAAUGAAUUUUGACCUCGCUUGCUUUUUCGUGAGAUAUCGCUUUCUCUGAGUAAAUAGAUGAUAAACACCUUGAUUACUUUGACAAAUCAGAACGUUUACUCAGUCCAGUUAAGUGUUCAUGUCUUGUCUACUUUUUGAGCAAAUACCUCGGAAUCAUUGUAUUUAAGGAAAAAAUGUGGUUUUAAUUAGGGAAAUUUAAUUUCUAUUGUUAGUAGUUUAUAGGAAAUAGAUAUCCCGAUGUUUUGAAAUAAUUCUCUUAGCCUUUAUACUCGGUAAACCUCAACGAAAAACUGAAAAGUAGAGUUGUAAACUGAAGCAAUUUUGCUGAUGUACGCCUGUGUUGUGUUCAAAUUCUACGAUGUCUAGAAUUUAUGCAAACGUGCACAACACUGUUUAAGGGUUUUGAUUAAAAAUAGCAAGCAGUACCAAUAAUAGGUAUGAUAAUUGAAAAUAACCAAAUUAGAUGAAUCGGAUUUGCCAUAGGCGUAGAACAAGCAAACAUAAUUUUUUUUCCUGGUUUGAACUUGAUUAAAAUUUACCGGAAAAAUGUUCUGUGCAUGUUGAUGAUAAACAUGAACAUGCAAUGUGAGGUUCAGGAAAAUAGCUAAGCUUGAACAGGAACCGUAAAAUUAUUUUGCGAGUUAGGAACUGAGAAUUAAAAUUAAAAUGAACAAUGAGAUAAUUCCCUGAAAUAAUUUAAAAUGAUUGAUUAAAUAAUCCUCUGAACGAGUGAACUAAAUAAGUAUUAACUUUUGCUUGCGUGGAAAAUUUGAAGGCUACAACGUGGAUGUGAUGAGAAGGCGGGAGGCUACCGAAUAAAGUACAAAUUUAAUCAGGAAAUUCGUGUUUGAUGAGUAGUUGGAGAAAUGGAUGAUCAAUCACGAUAAAAAAUAUUGUGUUUCUUUCUUCAUGAAACGAGCUUAAACAACUUAGAUAUGGAAGAUGUUUGUCAUUUACGGUGUAGAUACGGCGCAAACCCUCUUUCCAGAGAAUAAGUCAAUAUUCAAAAGGGUGCCAAGUUUUUGACAUUUCCGUUUCAAACCGCAGACACUAGUGGAUUGAUUCUAUUGUAUUAACUUAGACUGUUAGGGUGUCCUCCUGAUUUCUCGAUGUCUUGAAAUUCCUUCAAACAAUGGAAUGCAUCAGUAAAAGAAAUAGAAGCAGUGCCUCUUUGUCCCUCCGUAUCCGUUCAAUAGAUUUUUAAAGGAUGGUGUAUGUCUACCGUUGGAGUAUAAUACGCACCAGCACGCCUAUCCUGGCUAUGUGAAAUGAUUUUACAAAAUAGUAGAGGGUAGAUCGUAAGUCAGUUACUUGCUGCACAUCAGAAAAAUUUGAUUGGGGUUGCCAAACGGUAACCGUGACAAAUACGCGCGGAGCCGCGCGAACGACUUGUCUAGCGUGUCUAUUUCCUCGCGCUUUACGAUCACUUCAAGAAACGGUGUUAAUACUUGCAAAUUUCUAAGCUAACAGAGAUGUGAGAUAUACGAAGAUGAACUUAUUCUAGAGAGCGGCUGGAGUUUCUAUGUUACUUUUAAAAUGAAAUUAAUUACGAUUUGGAGUCCCUUGUUUUUGUCACAAAGAAUUCGUUUUCAACGAAAAGGUUCACCACAUUCUUCUGUCAUUAGCUGUAAUUACAAAAAAAAUAUGCCUUUCUCAUCGAUGAAAUUUAACCCAACGGAAUUAUAAUGAAUUCUGAGUUACCUACAUCAAAUAUUAUCAUAAUUAUAAAGUUUGCGUGUCUUUUCGUUUGUUUGAUCAAUGUAACAUUCAUCUUGUAUCCUUUACUUAUUUUUUGUCAUUUUUCCCUUUUUUUUGUUUUGGCUUUUUUUUUCUUUUUUUUUUUUUUUUUUUCUUGGGGCGGGAGGGGGCGGUUGUUGUAUCUAUCAUGACUGUUACAGACUGGCGGUAUUGCCUCUGAUACGCCUCGUGGGUUGAGGUCGGUGAAGCUGAGAUUACCAUGACUGAGCCUGAAAACAGUUAGUUAGACUGAAAACAGAAGAGUUUUUGCACAGUUAGACAACGAGAAAUCUCUCUCCUUUUCGGUGAAAUCUGUCUUGCGAGUAAAGAAAAACAUCAGUUCAAUAAAAAUUGACGCUAGUACGCCGUCCUAGUAUUCUUGGUAUUGCUCAUGGCUUAUGGCACAUUGCUUGAACUUUCGUUAAAUAUGAUCCUUUCAUGAUUAAGUGCUUGCUAUGUACGCUAAUUUAAGAAAUCCAAGCUCUGAUUAUGCCUUUAGGCCCCAACUCGUAGUUAGUAAGUGCGCUAUAAUUGUUCAAUUUACGGGCCGUAAUUUAUUGUACGGCCCGCUUAAUUCAAAAUUUUGUUCGAAUUGAAAUCUCCCCUCUCUAUUUGAACCGUAGAGAUAUAAUAAAGAUCUCAUUAACCUCGAGCUCGUUUUCUUAGCCGGUCCGCUCUGUAGUUACGAAACCUCGGUUUCUCCGCUCGAAUUUACAACUCGCGUGCUACGCGCUUGAGAGAUAAAUCUGAGCUGAAACAACUCGACCGUAACUUGCAGUCCAGACCACAAAAAACAAAGUUAGUGCGAGGUAUGUAAUGUUCGCUUGAUGUAUAUCGUGUUACGUGGUUUAACCAGACGCCAAAACGUCUAUCACCAAGCUCUUCAAGCUGGUUGCUCUAAGCGUCUAGCUUAUACGCUUGCUUGAUUUGCGUGGAACUACGCCAGUUCGUGUCUUUACAUUACAGUUGAAUAGCAGUUCGUGAAAGGUGAAUUACGUUGUGAGACAGCUUUCAUAAAUUGUAUCCUAUCUAUUUAUUAAUAAUCGUAUCUGUUUACCGCAGGUUGAGUACGGAGGAGAACUGAGUGUCGAUCAUAUCUAGCGGUAGGUACAGUAGCUGUGGUUUAGCCUAUUAAAGCGCUGAUGACCUACAUCCUCGAAAAUCUUUUCAUUGCGGACGCUUUUCAGAACAAACGGAAACGGAGAGAGUGGUUGACGAAUAUAACAGAUGUUCUGUCGGUUGUUGGCAAUACUUGGUGAUUACAUUGGAAUGUGUACUCAAAGUUGGUAAGGGUGGCAAAUGUAAGUUUGCACCCUUAAAUGAUACCUACAAGUUGAAUUGGUUUCUCUGGGAUAAAUGUAUUGUAGAAUGAAGUAGUUAUACACUUAUUUGAAUAAGAGACAGAGAAACUUAAUCAAAAAGAUAUUCUCUCGGCCGGUCAUCCUUGACUGAGUAAACAAAAGCGAGUAAACCGCCGUAAAAUGGCCAUAGAGAGCAGGAGGGGAUGUCGUUAAGGAGAUGUUCCUCUGAAAAUAACAUGAUUUUCGAUUCUGUCUCUUUCGUCUUUGAAAAAGAGAGCACAACUUUGCCAUUUAGUGUUUUAUCAAUCUAAUCGCCGCCAAGAGGUAUCUAAUAAUAAAGGUCACAGUAUGCCCUCCUCUAAAUAGUUAGCUUAACUUUAAAACCUUCGCCAUAAACCAUUUCGUAACAAUGACUCACCCUCUUUUACUUUCUCCUUCCCCCCCCCACCACCUUUCUUCCCGUAACUAUAAACAAACUGUUACUUCUGACGUAAGCAGAAUUCCGUGCAAACAGUUGUCUAGGCUUUACCAACUCAUUCUAUCAUAUAAUCAGCUUUGGCCUUAAGCCUGGUAGGAAAAAUCGAUUUAGCUUUUGAAAUAAAACCUUUUCAUAGCCUUGUUCGAUGCGAAAAUGCCGACUUUCGUCCAAAUUUUUUGUUACCAUUCCAACAAAAGAAACCCAACCAAGAUCAAUAUUUUGGCGGACGCAAAGGGAAUACAUCUCGUGAUUCUGACAUGGACAUGCUGUGAUAUGACCUUGAAGCCCGUUAUCAACUAUGGUCGCUGCGAAAAUGUUUAAUCGCUAAUUUUUCAGAAAUCGAGGGAUGGUUCUUCUCAGAGCAUUUUAUUUCCUUAGUUUGUAACAUUUUGCAGCGUUCGGUAAACUCGUUUGCAAGACUUCUAACCUCUUUCCCUCCACCCAUUCACGAAGUAUUGGCGGAGUAAACAAGUAAAUUGGUUCAACCUCGUUUUGUGAUCGUUGAUAAGAGCUUUCACCUCUCCAUAGGGUCAAAAAAAAAAAUCGAGCACCAACUACUGGCAAACGGUUGACAAUUCAUUUCAUACUUUGAUAACUAACCCCCGAAACAUCUUUCCAAAGGGGGCUGCUUUGUUUUCUUAUCGAUAAAUUAUUGUAGACUUUCAAAAUAUUCGUUGUUGUUUGUUGAGACGUGAAAAUAUUUCUUUGACGAAACCUGACCUGUUGGCGUCAAAAUUGUAUCAGAUCAUGUCGUGAAGGUCAACCCAGUCGAAAAUUUUGUGAUGAAUGUAAUUGAAACUUUAACGACGGGUCUAUCCAAAAUAUUUAGGCUCCAUUAGUUGGAAGGACAAACGUAUAAAAGUUGAGAUAAUUGAUAAACUGUUAGUUCCAAUUCAACUUGUUUAUGAGGCAGAAAGUGUUGAAAUGUUGGUUUCUAUGGCGGGCAGUGUCUAAAUAAAUACCAUGGUCGAAAGUAAGAUGUUUUUGUAUCUAAUCUAGUAUUCGUUUAGUCUUUUCUUGUCGAAAUGACUGCCAGCAUCAAUUUUAAAGGGAAAACACGAAAGGAAUUUGUGGUGGAAAUAUAUGUGAGAUGUUUAUCAUCUACAGAUACGAAAACAAAUGGUUUCGAGCUGAUUUUAGUUGUUAAAAAUCGGUGAGGAAUUUUAUGGUAAACUUAACCGACAAAAACAAUCAAAUAGUCCAAAUAGUUUCCUAUCGAGUUGCCUUUCAUGUAUCUGUCGAGCUCUUCAAUGUCGCUGGUUCUCCUCACUUGCGCAAAGACGGCUGGCCAUCGAGGAGGCCUACCAAUAGCUCAAUGGCUGAAUUCUAAAUGUGACUUCAGAGUACAAAGGUUUGAAAAAAACGGUCGAAGGCUUUUCGCAGCGGUUCAAAAUGACUUCGUCAUUUUUAAACAACAAUUUCUUGAUGGAUUGCUUUUACCAACCACACUUUUAAAAUUGUUUUCCUUAAAAAUAGUACAAAAAUUUCCAUUUAUGAAAACAUUGUUUAUCACAUUGUGCCCAUUCUUUUGCAGAUUAUUUUAUGAUUAUUUUAUGCUGAGACAUGUUGAAGGGAGCGAGAGUAGUGUUCUCGCAGCUUUUACUGUGUGGCUUUCUAUGCGAAGGUGAGCAUAACACAAAAAUUCAUUUUUUGAAUACAGCUGUAUUAAGAAAGAUUUUUUUCCGCAGAAGACAAUAUCAGUUAAGCGUCGAUUCUCUAUCGUCAAACGGUGAAAAACGUUACCAUUAACCGUCCAAUAUGAAAAAUCCAAUUUUUGCUGAUGAUUUGAUUAUACUUACUUAAUAAUAACGAUGCAAGUGAUGAUCAAUGACAAUAAUGAAACGAUGACUUCAAGAGAAAAAAACACUAAUCCAUGUAGCCGUAGCAAGAUUGAUUUUAGUGAGGAUUUCGAAAGAGAAUUAUCGUACUAAAUGAUUUUCCAUUUUGUUCAAUUUUCUAUGCGCAAUCUGCAUAUUCGCAUUGGACAAGUUUUGAAGUAUCGAAUACUAACUUUUUUGGCUGAUAUUUUUCUUUGUCUAAUAAAGUUACAACUUGUUAUAUUACAGUUCACACGUUGUUUAACAGAGUCCUCUCAGUGAUAAAGAAAGAUGCUCGUUUAUUGUUGCUUUUUCUUUUUUUCUCUUUUUGCUUUUUAAGUUUAGGUGCGGGGGACACAUUUCACAUUUUGGUGUCCUUGUUUAGUUGUGGCUUAUCUUUCUCUCUAGGUUCUAAAGAUCCUGACUGCAGACAGUACAAAACAUGUACAGAAUGCAUCUUGGGUAGUCCAGAGUGCAGUUGGUGUGAAGACCGCGUAAGCUCGAUAGUUUUAUUCCGUGGAAAGUCUUUAUAAAAUGUAAUCCGUUUUCAUUCUUAGCAAGUUUGGCAAUAUUCUCCUUCUUGGUACGGCACAACUUUUAAUACAGCUGUUUUUUUUCUUAACCAAACCUGUUAUCUUUGUUGGAGUCUAUUUUCUAUCAGACCCUUUGGGUCAACAUUAGAUUUAAAUGCAUGCAAGGCAUGUUCAAUGUUUUGCCAGUUAGCUUGCCUUGAAAUAACACCAAGUACUGCGGGCUCAUAGGUAGUUCAAAAUGACUGAUUAUGAGAGUAAUUGGGAUUUUUUUUCAAAUGCCACACAGAGCCCUACUACUUCGAACAUCCCUACCUGGAGAUAAAAGAGGAGAAAAUUGCCUUAAUCUAAGACUUUAUCCAUAAUUAACAAUUCUUCACCCGUGGAGACCAAUAGUACUUGCUAUUCACCUCUGAAAUAGCCAAUCAGCGCGCGCUAAAAGCCCUCUUGACUUUUGUGGUAUACACUAAUGGUGGAUAUUCCACUUGUUUUUAGAAAAUGAUUUUCAAAAAUUUCCUGAAGCAAUGUUUCUUGUUCUGGUUGCUCUUAUGUUUUUUUCUGCUUUUCUUUCCUUUCAAUAUAAAUAUAGGAUUAUCACUAUUUAGAUCAACCGAGAAGGAGAUGCGACCUUCAUAGCAACCAUCAACAGAAUAAAUGCCGAAAGAUCUCUAAUCCAGGAUCAGGAUCUACAGUUCAUUCGGUAAGCUAGGUACAGGGAUGAAUAUGUAUCUAUAGAUAAAGGUUCGACUCGUCGAACCUUUGUCAGUAGGUCACUACAUUUAUGAAUCAUCUUUCUCUUUUGGAACAAGGCACUCAUAAAUAUGUGGGAUGCGGCAGGUUUUCUGUUUUCCAUGUGAGACAAAUAUUCUGCAACACUACCUUUUAGCGUCAUUAUACAACCUCUAGUUCUUUUCAACGCUGUAAAAAUUGUGCUGCAUCAGUAGCUACAUGCAGUCUUUGUUUAUUUCCAAACAAGUUGCAUUAAAAAAUUAAAAAUUAGAUUGACUUGUAUCAGUCAAUUAGGGAAUGUAAUCGACACACCUCUUACGUCACUCUAGCUAGUGUUCAGCCUUCUCUUUUUAGCUACAUACACUUAAGAGCUAUUAUCAAUGUUUGUUUUCAGAACAACGAGCCAGACGGUGACCGUGAUGUCAAAGUUUCUCCUCAGAAUGUAACACUACGUCUUAGACCAGGUACAAUACCUCAUACUGUAGAUAAAGUUGUUACACUAGGGGGUCAAUUGAUUUUUUGGUUCGUUGCUGAAAUAUUUUUGUAUUACGGACAAAAACAGAUUCCACAUCAUGAUACAUUGUUGAAUCCAACAUUGUUCGAAAAUGUUUGGAACGUAGUGGCUCAACACAUGCAACAUUUCAGGUACACUAGGCGGACUCGAGGGUCGUCACCCUUGAUGCAGAUACUUAGAGAACACUCUCAACGAUGUUGAAUUUGAAAGAUAAACGUUAAGAACAUUAUUGUGUACGCCGGAAGGUUGAGGAAAUGUUGGGUAAUGUUGAGUACGAUUUUUGACGGCAGCCAAACUUUUUCCAACUUCGUUUUGGACGAAGUUGCACCAAUAUGCAAUUUGCGGCGGCCGCCGUCUCUAUGGAUGUCAGGAGUGACAGCCGCCUGAAAUGUCUUUGAAUUCUGUGGCGGAAUCGUCUCCUAUUUUAUUCCAAAACAGUAAGAGCUACGAGAAAUUUGAUAUCUUCACAGUCACGGUAAUCUCGUGUAGUUGACAAUUUGAAAUUGUACUUUCACAUGGCAGGAAUUUCCACGGCUAUCACAAUAAAUGUCCACACCCCAAGGAACUUCCCAGUUGAUUUGUAUUACUUGACGGACGUAUCGAGGUCUAUCAAAAAGGAAUCAAUAAAAUCACUUGGACACCUGUUAGGUAAACAACACUCGGCAAAUGUUUGUCUGUUCGUAUCAUGCAUAGCUCUCUUACUCUGGACAUUGUUCAUUUGCACUUCCCUGCACUUCAGUAAGUUUGUUCGUUCUCACUGGCUUCUAGUGAUAUUGUGGUGACACGUCCUUAGCAAGCCAUCCUUUACUCUCUUGUUGAAGAAAUUUCAUCUCCUCUCAAAAAUGAAUUUAAAUGGAUGGGUACUGGCAUUUUGUCUUUACAGCGGAUGAGAUUUCAAAUCUAACUUCAAGGUUUCGUCUUGGACUUGGUGCAUUUGUUGACAAGCCCACAGCUCCAUAUAUGGACACAGAUCCCGUGAUGUAAGUAUCUAAAGGUCAAGUUGUUUAGUGACUCUCUGUACGUAAAGGGUGGAGGAGGGUUAGAGGGGUUUAAAUAACAAACAACAUGGUCAACGUUUGGUCAAUUUGUCUCAACCAUGAUAUUUUAAGUAGAAGUGCAGCAACACUUAUCAGAGCUCUUUAAAAUUGAUAUUCCUGCUGACUCUUUGGGCCUGAAUUUGAAAUGAUGUGUGCUGUAGCUCUCACUAAGGGUAAAACACAAGGAGGUCGGAUAAAAUAAAUAACAAAAGCAUAGUAACCUGAGGAACUGAACGAGCGGAGUCAACUUUAACAAUCAACGGAUGCAAGAAACUACAUUUCCAUCUCUGUAUGUGUCCUUUCAUCCGAUUAUCUGUUUGUAUGUUUUUCUGUUAGCUUUCUAUCUGUCUAUUAUGAUCUUGUGAUGAUAUUGACAAGCGUUCUUGUGUCCUUUUUGUCUUCUUCUCCUUAAAGGGUUGCUGCGCCUGACCCAAAUAAUGGGAAUUCCACUCCAACGUUUGGUUAUCAUAAUGUGUUGCCGCUGAACAAGAAUACAUCUUACUUUCAGGUAUGUCUUAGAACAAGGAAAAUCUACUCAAACUUUCUUUCACUUGUCUGGCAUCUUGGGCCUGACGCUAUCUCGCAAAGUCAUUAUGCAUGCUGAUAAAACAAUUAUUUAUCAGGUACAUUGAACAGUAUACAUGCACAUAUUUACAGGACGCUAUUGAAAAACUGAUGGCUUCCGGAAAUGUUGACAAUCCCGAGGGAGGUUUGGAGGCUCUCGUUCAAGUGGCUGCUUGUGAAAAGGUUGGUCAGUAGAUGAUACACUCAACUUGGCACUUUAACCUUGAACUGCCAGGUCAUAUCAGUUUUAAUGAAGGAGGUAAGUUUCUAGAGAAACUGUGGUACUUCCUUGAUGGAGAGUAUAACAGGGUAAUUUAGUAUUAUCAACUGAGUUGAUAACGUAAAUUGGCCAUUGUAAAGAGUAACUUUAAAAUUUGCCUAUAAUUUAAGUAAAAAAAGAUUUCUACACUUUUAGGAGAUCGGUUGGCAAAGUAAAGAGGAUGCACGAAGGGUAGUGGUGCUGACGACUGAUGCAGCUUAUCACUCUGCUGGAGACGGUCUGGUAAGAGUUAAUGUACUCCAUAUUAUUCGACGUUGGCGUUACGCUACAUUAAGGUACCUCACGUCAUAUUGUAUCACUAAACUUCGUAUCACGUCAUCUUUUUACAGCUUGGCGGAGUCGUUAUUCCUAACGAUGGUCUUUGCCAUUUGGACGGCGAGGAAUACAGUGCUUCAUUGCUCAUGGUAGGUCGUGAAAGUUGGUAGGAAAGUAAGGGCCUCGUUUCACAUGCGAAUUUUUAGAAAAAUUCACGUGUCACAUGCACUUUAAACAGUAUUUUGCGAUUCAUGAAUUUAAAAGGAAAAAUGUCAAAUCUCGCCAUACCUUGCCUUCUGUAAAAAUUCACGAGUCACAUUUCAAUUGUGGCCUUAAUCACGAGUCACGUACAAACUCUUCAUGAUACAUGCUGCCUACUGGCGAGCUUUUCAAAGUAAGUUCUCCGCUUUUAUUGCAGGAUUAUCCAUCUCCAGGACUGGUACGUGAUGUUUUACUUGAGUCGCAAGUAGUUCCAAUUUUCGCUGUCGCAUCCAAGGAAAAACAAGUGUAUGAAGUACGUAUCAAAGAGGUUGACUGAAUUCUUAAAAACAUGCUUAUAAUUUCAAAUUAAGUGUAAAUUAUGGGCUGUAAGUAUUGCAAGGCCGAGAAAAAACGCACUUGUCGCAAUUUGACUUUCGUACUGAGCGGCUAAUGCGAUGUCUUAGUUACAUUUAUAUUUGUCUACUGCACAUGAGGGAAUUCUUUAUUCUACACCUAUUUAUAUACAGAAGUAAGACGCACUCUCUCGUCUCACACUGAAUUAAAUACAUAAAAUAAACUUCCUUGUGUUCAUAAACCAGAACAUGAACAAAAGUCUUAAAACCUUUUUACUCCCAGAGGUGAUUAUAAUGUGACCUCUCCCUGUGAUGCCCAUACAUUAUCCAACAAACUACCGUUGAGAAUACUCACACUUAUCAGGUAGAAGUCCUUAUCUUAAUCUAACAUCAAACUAUCCUAACUAAUUUUCAAGGAAAUGUCUAACUGAAGUUGAAGCGAUAGUUAAAUAUCAGGUCUUGGGAGUCAAAGAGUGAAGAGAAGUGUAGAACAUGUAUCAAAAGUUUUUUUUUCUAUGCAGUGAGAACCUGGCAACUGAACUCUAUCCCACCUUUCCCUUCUCCCAGUUUGACCCAGUCGCCCAAAGAAGUUCUUGGAAGCAAAGUAGAUCCUCAAAUACAAGAUAACGUCACUCGGACUCCUUCCGAAUGAUUGAAUAAUCGCCUCUUGUAUCCCAGUUAUGUGCUGGCCACAGGGUGUUUUAGUGGAUUUAAUGCAACUUCUGCCAAUUUUUUGUUCCUUUUUUUAGCAACUAGCAAACUUUUUAGGUAACGAAACCUACGCCGAGACAGGGGAGCUUUUAGAGGACUCGUCAAACAUUGUGCGUGUGAUUGGCGAAGCGUAUAAGGUCAGUAGUUAUAACCAAAGCUGUUGAAACGCGAUAAGCAACUGAAAGACCUUUGAAGUAAAUUGUUUGGACAGCUUUUCAAUUGCAAAAUUUAGCAGUAAAAAAUUAAAAAAUUAAAAUUAUUAUUGAGGAAAGACUUUUGAGUUGAAUGUUGAUCAGUUUUGCAAAUCUUCUCGGCAUCUUAUUUCUAGUUGUAGGUGCAAAUAUAGACCCUUUUUUUAAAAGAGUUACUCAUCUGUUAUUUCACUCUCAUAUUUCCAGAAAAUCGCCCGCACAGUGACGAUACGAGAUACUAAUUCUGCCAGGCUCACCCUUCGGUACACUGCAGUCUGUCCGUAAGUACCACUUCAUUUCAAAGUGGAAAAUAUUUUGACAGGAAAUAAUGACUCAUCACGACAUCACUUGACUGAAAGUAACUCGCGCGGCUUCCACCAUAGUCUCAAAAUAUAAAAUCGACCAAAAUCAAGCUUCUGGUUUCUUUCAACUGACUUUAUUCUCAAUAAAGCUGACCCCACUUCCUUAAUAUAUUUCAUGCGUCUUUUUAUCUUUUCUUAGCAAGGGUGAAAUUUACGAAGACACGAGAACUUGCACAGGCGUAGAAUUAGGAGAUACGGUAAAUGGACCAUUUUUUAGUCUCACUUUCACUCUUUCACCUGCAUCCUUCAAUUAUCUAAAGAUGUACUGGUCAAACUUGAUUCUUUUCUAAGUCAUUUAGUGAUAGAGUAAGUUAGUUGGUCGGUGAAAUAAUACUAUACAUGAAAAAAUUACGCGCGUCUGAUUGGGUGAAAACGAGUGCAUUUUUCGUUAAACAGUGAAAAGUUGUCACAGUUCAAAUUACAAAUAGCGCGCGCACUGCCAAAAUUUCGUCCGUUUGACUUUCUGUGUUGCGUUUUUUAUAAACAUUAUUAACAAGUAACUACAUGAUUUCUCGUGCAAUUUGGUGCAAUUGAGCAUUGAUAAAUUUUACAAAGAAUACAAAUUGAAAUCGCCCCACGGGCUCGUACAAUUUUGUUGUCUUUGAAAAAUUUACUCUUGCUUAUUAAUAACAAACUGCACUCGAAAUCAUGUUAUCAUCCAUACCAAUAGGUGGCUCAGUGAGGCAAUGAGUUACAUCAGUGUCAGUCAGUCAGUCAGUCAGUUAGUCAGUCGGAUAGAUAGGUAGACAGAUUACAAAUGCGUAUCAUCAUAUUACGGUUCAUUUAUAAUCCAAUUAACGGAAAUUUUCAAAUUAAACAACUCGUUAAACAACUUUUAAACGGAAAACAAAAAGUGAAAUAUAAUUAUCAUCUUUUACAGGUAUCUUUCAAGAUAUCAGUCUCGAUGGCCAACUGCACGGACGAUUUGCCUUCAAAGUAAGCGUCUUUGCCUCGUUCAUUCACAAAUUUUUUUUUUUUAUUUUAACAUUUAUUUGUUUAUCUAUAAUUUUUUUCCAACAAAAAACUCUCUAUAUAUAUUUAAAUCGGCCAAGUUUUCUCUUUGCAGCUUUUCCAUCAAAACUCCUUACGGACAAGUUUUUUUGAAGCUAUCUUAUGUGUGCAGUUGUGACUGUGAAGCAGAAGAAAUUCUGGUAAGACUUUAUCAAUUUUAAUCUACCUGAGUCGUGUGAUUUUAGAGACUGGUCAUUAUUUAUCUCCUGUUAUCCAUGUGAAAUCCCACUAAAGAAGUUCCGGUCAUCCCCACCCACCCGACAAUAAAUAUUGAUUGGCCUUUAAUUCAUUUUCCAAGCUUUGACGCCAUCUUUCUGUCAUCUCAUAAACUGGUCGUCAGCAUUGACUGCUAGAUAAAAGUCAAGUUUUAGUCCAAUUAGAAAUAGUCUAGCACUUAAUCCACUCAUUGUGCAAAGAAUAGAAUUUCAGCGUCUAUCGCAAUAGGAGGUAUUGUCUUUCAGACACCAGGUUUUUCGUUUUAGACAUGUAAAUCAGAGUUCUUUAUUUUUUCGCCUCUAUAGAGAGUUAGUAAACGUAAGAGAGGAUCUUUUCUUAAGGUUGAACCCCCCAUUUUAAAGCCAUUAUUUGAAUGAGGCCUUUAUAGGCCUUUAUAUAAGGGUGACGUCUCCCUCUUUGAUGCUCUUUUCUCCUCAGCUCCAUAGUGGCAUAGCGUCGAUAAAAAUCGUCAAUUUUCAGAUCCGCGCAUUGCAAGUAGGUGGUAGAGAUUUGCUUUAAUCGCCAUUUAACACGCUACGAAAACUUUUUCUCAGGAACCCAAUAGCACAAUUUGCAGUCACAGGGGAUCGUUAAAGUGUGGAAUGUGUUCUUGUGAAGAUGGAUGGUGAGUUUAACACAUUUGGCAGAGUUUGUGCCAUAUCUUUGGCAGUGCCGUCUUUGUGAUACCAAGUUCUAAGAUUACAACUUUGAUAUAACAACCACUAGCAUAGCAUUACCCUGAAAUGUACCCACCCUUCCUGAAACCGUAACUCUAAGUGUUCAUCGAAUGAAGCCAUGAGUCGUUUUUCAUUUUGUGAGGUGAAGGUUAUCUUAACGUCUUAUAUCCAGGAAUCACCUAGAUCAAGAAUUUUGAAUGUACGGUGGUACACAAUAUCAUCUCGAUCUAAUUUUCGUAAUUCCUAAUCUAUACUAUUGUUCCUAGGGCAGGUGAAUAUUGUUCGUGCACAGAGGAGGAAGAGCGAAAAAAUUGUCAAAGGUAGCGAUUUUUUGUUUGGCUGGGUAACUCUAGAAUGAUAUCUUUGAUGAUAGAUGUUGUCACAGUAAUGUCAUCCAAGUACAGAUUGAUUUAUUUGUUCCUUUUUCUUCUUUUUUCUGCGCCGUGCAUAUUUCUCGUAUUUCGGUAGAUAGGUCUUUAAUUCUUAGGAGCUCCUUUAAACGAAGGGCAUUGUUACUUUUCUACAGGAGAUUUUUAUGAGUGUAGCUGCUAACAUUACUGAAUCCUAGAGUAAAGCCGUUAAGAUCUUAUGAUUUGUCAAGGUUUGGCGCACAGAGAUUUGAUAAAUGACUCUUUAGCUAUAUUCAGACGCUAAAAUGUAGGACUUUACAUGUGCUAACUCUUCUUUAAUCCAUUUUACCAUUGAUAGCAAUAAUGGCGACGUGUGCAGUGGUCAAGGAUCAUGCAGUUGUGGCAAAUGUUACUGUGAGGACACCAAGGUGAUCUUUUCUGGUAUUUGCAUGGUGACAGUAAGGUUUCAAAAUGAGUCUAGCUCAAAGCUAUAACGAGUUUUGGCAGGGAUAAAAUUGUGGGCACGUGAAACGGUGUGUUAUAUUUUGCAGCGCGUUUGUGGUAGUGACGAACCCGUAUUCGAAGCAAAAAAAAUUACUUUUCCACCAAGAGCUGGAAAGGUUUUCCUUUUACUCGACCGUGAGCAAAUUUUUCUGGCCAGAUAAACGAUAUAACGUUUUGGGAUAAAUGCAUCGUCGUCAUAUAACUUGCAAACGACUCAGGUACCAUACUUUGAUCUAUACUUGUAUAGGAAUAUUUAAUCUAACUAUAAGUAUUAGGCAAUAUACCAUAAUUUUCCUAUUCUCGAGCUCUAAGGGUUUGGAUAUCCACGUUUACUGAUUGAUAUGUAGAACGCAGCUUAAAAGAUUGCAACAUGUUUGUAAAACAAACAACGCGCGAAAAAGAAAGAGCAAGGAAAAGUCAGACGGCAUUUCCACUUUGAGAAUUUUGUCAUCUGACUUCAAAAGCCAUACUCAGUUGGAGUCCCACAAUUUCCAUAUCAUGUCUUACCUUACAUCCCCGUUCAAGCAGAAUAAUCAGUGACUAAAUUAGUUUCUCCCCUUGAUAUUCAGGAUCCCAAAGGAUUAAUCUAUGGUGAAACCUGCGAGUGCAACAAUUUGAAUUGUCCAAAGGAUCCUGAAAAUGAGGAGAUAUGUGGGGGAUCGGGUGGGUGACGCCCGAGUUGUUGUGAAGCUAUAAUUUUUUUAUUUUUUUAAAUUGUUGAUGGAAUAGUUGCACAAACCACCCAUAAUCUAUACAUUUAUUAUGUCUGAAUUUUGAAAAGUAAAAACUUCAUUCAAAAUAUAGACAUAUUACCAAACAGACAAAUUAAAAAGAGUGAGAUAAAUUUAUCAUCGUAACCAGUAGUCAGUAAAUUAUUAAGACAUUCCAAAUGGAAUGAAGCGAGCCAUUAUAUUUUCCAAGCCUUGAAUUUACGGCUGUUCCGAAACAAGUCAGCAUCCAAGACUGAGAUUAAGAAAAGCAAUCUAUUAAUACUUACGUUAUAUCUUUGCGAGCAGUGCGACCUGAAAUUGACACCCUCCACAGAGGAGAAUUAGGUCGCUGUGUACGAAAGUCCAGUCACCUAUUUGGCUCCCUUCGUUUAGGCACGAAAUUCAGUCACAGAGAAUCGAUGCGUCCUCUUUAAUUCAUUAACUUAUUUAUACUUAGCUCUGCUACCACAGCAUUGAGAACUUUAUGCCAAGGUAGACUCACAUUCAUUUAUAUAUAUUUAUGUUUUUACGGAAAUCGCCAUAUAAUUCCACGUUAUAAUAAUUACUAAAUACUCCAAAAGGUAAGAGAAUUUAAGGAUUUAUCCUUUUACCUCUAUAUUUGAAUUCAGCGCCCUACUCCGGUCCCUAAACUUAUCCUUUGUCUUUAUAUUUGAUCGAAGCUGAGACUGGGAAAUAAAUCAAGGAUUUGCUAAAAUUAUAGUAUUUGUCGAUAUAUUAUGAUAUUUGCCAACAGAGCGAGGAGAUUGUGAUUGCGGCCAAUGUAAGUGUAAAGAAAACUGGAGUGGACCUUCUUGUAGCUGCAGCAAGGACUUGGACGGUUGUACCAAGAAUGGGGUAAGGCUAGCAGGCUAGCAGGUGAUAAUCAAAUAACUCUCGAAAGCAUAUGUGACGUCCUAUCCUUUUGCUUUUGCGUUCAUCGUGAUUAAUAAAAAAAGUGUUCGUCUCUUUACAAAGUAACCAGGAGUAUUAACGCCACUCUUCUCGGAUGGAAGUGUAUGUAACUAGUUUCUCGCCGGUCGACCCUUGAGCAGUUUCCGUACCCAUCAGCACAUUUUCCAUUUAUACGCCUCCUCGAAGAGAAGCUCUGCCCAAGGAAAGAGGCGAUGACCUUAGUCGGGGCUUCAACCCUAGCGAUCCUCUCGGGGGCCGGGCAACUUGUGAGCGUAUCUUUCUCCAAUUUGUUGCCUAUAAAAACGCAUACGUAUUUCCUCAGGUCCUUUGUGGCGGUCGAGGGACCUGCAAAUGUGGAACCUGCGUAUGUAAUGCUUCUUUGCCCUACAGGGGACCUUUCUGUGAUGAGUGUCUUGUGAGUAUAUCGCCGGUUGUAAGUAGUGUGUUGCAAGUUUAGUUAAGGGCCCCGACGGGAGUGACUAGCUGAAAUUUUUAAUCGAUAAAAUUGUUGCAAUGUUUUCUAAAUGCUAUGCCUUGAAACCACAAACAGGCAAUAUCCUUUUUCCGAAUUUGUUCCACCAUGAUCAUUUUACACUCCCGGUGAGAACAUUUGGCUUAGAUUAGCAAAGCUGGACAUUCCUCUUCCCCCAAGGCGACACCUUUGAUCAUCGUCAGUAAGUGAAGUAAUUCACAGCCGAGAGAUUUUAACAUACAGAGCGGAUUGAAAAGUUGAAGGAAAAGAAUACAAUCGACCCAAAGUGGUGGGGAAAGCAAAGAAAGAAAUUCAAAUGUCUGGAAUGCUAAACUGCGUUAAAUACCCAUUAAUUUCUCUAACUCUAACGCUUCAUUUGCGUUUUUUGGCUAUGGUUUAUGUGUUUAAAUUUCAGAUGAAUAAAGAGGGUAAGUUUUUAGAGAAGCUGUAGUGCUGCGUUGGUGGGAGAGCAUUAAAGGGUAAUUAGGUGUUAUAAAAUGAGUUGAUAACGUAAAUUGGCCACCGUAAAGAGAUUCAAAGCUGAAGUUUCGAGCGUUAGCCCCUCGUCAGAGCUAGACGAAGAGACGAAGGCUAACGCUCGAAACGCUAGCUUUGGAACAUUUUACGGUGGCCAAUUUACGUUAUUUACUCAGUUGAUAAUACUAAAUUACCCUUUAAAUUUCAGAGUUGUAUAGGAAACUGUGAAGCUAAUAGACCAUGCGUGCAAUGUCGAAUGUUCGGUACAGGGGAACUAGUGGGAGAGGAUUGCAAAACUAAAUGUAAAGACUUUAGAAUCACCGCAGUAGACGAGUUAACAUCUGGUAUGUAAUUUUUGCCUCAUCCUGUAAUUCUAGUUUAAGGAUUGUGCAUGGAGAUUUGAGCCCCUUUAUCUUUUGCAGCACUCCUUUCAGUCGUGUUUAAUGUUUUUUUCUUGUUGUUAUUGUUGUUGUUGUUAUUUUUUUUUGUAUUAAAAGAGACUGGCUUGAUUGUGGAUACGAACAUCCCAGUCUUCAUUUUCCAGCUUAGUCUUCAUACUUUUUUCUUUCCAUUUGGUGUUGAAUGAAUAAUCUAGGAGGGAGCUCCAGGUUACACGGUUGCCGUAAGAAUUUCUAAAUAUAUUCAUUUCACCCUUUAAACCCAAGAGUGACCAGCGUCAAAUUUCUCCCUACAAUAUCAGCCCUGAAUCACAUGUUAAGGUCAUGAGAAUAAAGGAAAUGAUCACCAACGAAAGAAGCUUUUGAUUGGUAAACAAAUUCUCCUUGUCAGCACCUUUAGAAAUGUAUAAAGAACAGUAUGGAGAAUAUACAUACUGACGUUAGAGUGUAAAGGGUUAAGACUUGUGAGUGGUAGGUGUUCAGCAAGACUUGCAGUAAUAUCGAACGUAAUGUGAAUACACAUAUGUGUGAAGUGUUCCGCCCUUCCCCCCAAUACAGCUGAGCUAAAGAAUAUUAAUACCGUACACUGGGACUGAGCUGAUUAAAGGAAAUCUUUGCGUGACACUUGCCAACGCGACAUUGAGCAUAUAAAAAAAAUCAAUCCAUUUUCAUGAUAUCAUAGUUCCAUUUUUAACCAAUUGUUGGUUGUUUCUUCUUAUAUAACUGCAAUUGCAAUUUGUGAAUUCUGCCUCUCACUACCACUACGAUUUGAAUCUGAUAUUUCCUCCAGACAUGGGCAAAAAGUGUCGAUUCCGAGACGAAGAUGACUGUUAUUUUGGGUUUGCCUACACGGUAAGAGCAGAUGGACAGUUAGAGAUUUAUACACAGAGGAAUAAAGGUUGGUUCCUUUUCCUGAAUUCUAGAUUAUCUAAAGAUAUUUUUAAGAAUCCACGUGAUGUCAAAUAACGACGUAACAUUGCGCUUUUUUCGAAUCCUGUAGACUUUUUCUCUUGUUUUGAAUAAGGAUUACUGACACAGCGUGGUAGGAAAAGUAGAAACCGGAGUUCCACUUAGCCCGUAGCCGGAUAGAGUGAACCUUUGGUUUAGACGCAACUACCGUAUUUAUUCGAAUAAGCGCUGUGGCUCAUGUCCGUGGGCGGCACUUAUUUAAAAAUCGGACUCGACAAAGAAAAGUUUACUUUUAACUGAAGAUGUAUUUUCUAUGUGUAUUAGAAUUUUUUGCAUUGAACAAACAGUAGUUCUCUUCCGGCACUUUUCAAUUGCUUUACCAGCGGUGUCUUUACUUCAUUUAACUUCGAUCUCGCAAACCCCCUCUCAGACUAAAGUCUACAAGUUCCAGAGUGGGCGAGUACGCUUCUUUUACGCCUCAAUCUUUUCUUUCGAAAGAAAUUGCAACUAGUUCCCAAAGAUAUCGCACUGCGUAUGAAGCAUUUCCCUUCCAGUGCUACGUGGUUGUUCCUCAGUACUUUGAAACAGUUCAUGUCAUCUUAGUUCGAACCGUCCACAAGGACGUUCAAAGUACAGUUUGUGGAAGAAUUCUUGGAAGAAGCUAAUAAACUGCUUAUGUCCUAGAUGCCGCGCUUAUUCGUGGCAGCACUUAAUCUGAAGUAAAUAAGGUUUCUCGUCCAAUUGAACAGUAACUUGUAAAUUCAUCGUUCGAUGAUGAUUUCCGAAGUCUGCAUCGUCACAUUAAAAAUGCCAUAUUACGUGACUUUUAACGGUACUCUUUUCCAUUGAUGUUCUCACGUUGUUAAUCUUGUCCUCAUAGCUUCCGACGUUAGAAACCUAGUCUCCAAGCCUCGCUCCAAUAAAUUCUCGUCGCAAGGCCUCUUCUACCUCAGUCUAAGUGUACCCCUGGGUAAUUAAGUAUUAUCGACGAGUUGAUAACGUGAAUUGGUUAUCGUAGAGAGUUUAAAAGCUGUGGCCAAUUUACGUAAUCAACUCAUUGAUAAUACUUAACUUAGAAACUUAUUCCCUUUACUCUGUGUGCCCCUGAUUGACUCCGUAGAAACGACCUGGGCCGGGUUGUUCAAAGAACGAUUAAGCUAACCAAGGGUUAUCCAAAAAUUUUAGAUUUAGUUUUGGAACUUUGCAGACAGUUUCUAAUUAUUUAUUUAUAUUUUUACUUCAGUUUUGUCUCUGGCUAAGGUGAACCCCUCAAAAUGUUAUCCCCAAUGUACGCUUCUAAACCUGGAUUGUCGCCAACCGCCUUUUAAACAACUGGGCCCAACUGUACGAUAAUUUUUUUUCUUUUAGACUGUCCAUCAGAGAUGAAGGCCCUGUUGGUGAUUCUAGGCGUGAUAGGAGCCGUUCUCGCUGUUGCCUUAGCUCUCUUGCUGAUAUGGAGAGUGUUAGCAACGGUACAGGUGAGAAUAUCGGUCACUUGUGCUCUCAUUACAAUUUCAUCGGGCAGCACUCGGCGUGAAACGACUAUUUGCUGUCAACAGCUGAUCUCCUUUGGUUAUUUCUCAGACGUUUGGUAAUCACCUCGUCCCUUGCUCGACAAAAAUUGCUAUUGCUCGUCAACUAAUCACUCAGUUCGAAAUGACGCGUUAAUCGUCGGACGAAAUACAUCAGUAGCAAUUAGUCCGCUGAUUAAUCUGUGAAUCUGUAAUCCACAAGUCUUAAAUAAUUCCUGAAACUACAAGCACUUGUCUUAAUGAAGCACAGCCAGGGUACAGAAAAGAGGAAUUGUCUUCCCUCAGAUAUCUAGCUCAAUAAUUCAUGUUGAACGAGUUAAAUAUUCUUCAUCGCUUGGGACGAACCGCAAUAUACUAACUGAGUUGGUUAUGUGACUUGGCGACCGUAAAGAGACUACAAAGCUGACGUUUCGAGCGUUAGCCCGUGGUCAGUGUAAAUCCGUUAGGCUUUAGAAUCUCUUAAGGUGGCCAAUUCACACUAUCGUAAGAAAGAUCGUAAGACCAAAUUAUUUUGUAAUCCCCGGCCCACUACGACGCAGCGCCCCAGUUUACUUCCUUAAUUUAUGGAUAAAGUGCUUUGCAAUGUUUGAGACCGGGAAAAUUAAAAAACCAAAAAUUAAAGCGAUGAAACCCUUCGAUUUGGCUCAUUAUUGCCUUAUUAGGGAUUGAUACAAUAACCUCACCUUUUCUCUUCAUUAUUUAAAUUUGCAAGUUGUCUUUCUAUCUUUAGGACCGGCGAGCAUUUGCCAAAUUUGAAAAGGAACAACAGAAGGCAAAAUGUGUCAUGGUAUGUCUUUUUAAUAACAUUUGUUGCUGUUUUCAAAAAUGAAGGUGGAAACAUUGUAGUGUUCCAUUUGUUCUUUCGCAGGCUAUAACGCAUUCAGUCAAUAAGUUAGUCAGUGAUUCAAUCAGUGAGUGAGUGAGUCUAUCUUUGAUUCAAUCAGCCACUCAGUCAGCCAGUAAGUCAGCCAGCAGGUUGGUCAGUUAAUCAGUCAGUCAUUCCUCAAUCGGUCGCUCGUCGAGUCAGUCACUCCUUAAGUCAGUUAGUCAGUCAGUCAGUCAGUCAGUCAACCAACCAGUCAGUCAGUCAGUUAGCCAAUUAGUCUGUCAGCCAGUCGGUCACUCAGUCAGUUAUUCAACUAGUCAAUUAGCUAGUCAGCCAGUCAGUCAGUCAGUCAGUCAGUCAACCAGCCAGUCAGUCAACCAGCCAGUCAGUCAACCAGCCAGUCAAUCAGUCAGUCAUUCAGUCAAUUAGUCAAUCAGUCAAUCAGCUAGUCAUUUAGUCAGUAAACCAGCCAGUCGGUUAUUCACUCAGUCAUUCAGUUUUUCGGAAGUAAGUCAAUCAGUAACCAGACCGUGCGUCAGCUUCUCAGCUAGUCAUUCGGACAAUCAAUCAGUCAAUUUCUCAAUCGCUCAGUCAAUCAGCCAAUUAGUUAGACGGUGAAUCGUUUAGUCUGUCAACCAGUUUAUUAGACAGUCAACGAGUGCGCAAGUUUUCCAGUCAGUCAGUCAUCAGGAAGUUGGUUGCUUAGUCAGUGAGUCAUUCAGUUUGCUAAUUGAUCUUUCAAUCAGUAAGUCAGGCAAUAAGUGAGUCACUCAAUGAGAGAGUCAGUCAAAAAUUUAGUUAAACAGUCAGCCAAUCAAUGUAUCAAACACUGAGUUAGUCAAUCCGUCAGUCAGUUACUGAGUCAGUCAGUCAGUUUGUUUAUUAGAGAAUCAGGCAGUCAAUCUAUUAGUCAGUCAACGAGUCAAGUAAUCAGUCUUUUAGUCAAUCAUAUUAGCACUUUAGUCAUGUGAAAUAAUGCUAUGGCAUUCCCUAUCCUUUUGUCUAAAAAAACAGGCCGAAAAUCCGAUCUUUAAGCCAACAACCACGACCUUUAUGAAUCCUAUGUAUGGAGUGAAAACAUGAAGUUGGAAAUGGCACUGACAAAGACUCCAAUGGGAGUUUCUUGGGGAGGCGCUUCUCACGAGACCUCAGUGUAGCUGGCGGACAGGUUGGACACAGGAUUGGUCAGAACGGUUGUGACUAAAAAAAAUUCCAAUUGUAAAAUCACACUGAAGAUUUGAAACCGUCAUCUAUUUGCUCUUCAAAUCAAAAAUUUUAGACUCAGUUCCGGUCAAUUCAGUAACAGUAAUGUAACUCUCUCUAUGAUAACUCUGUCAGGAGACACUUUUAUCAUCGCUCUGACGAAGGACUAACGCUCGAAACGUCAGCCUUUUAACUCUUUAGGGUGGCCAAUUAACGUUUUCAACUCAGUUGAUAACAAUAAAUUACACUUUUCUUAUUUGUUUCGUCUGCGAGUUAAACACUGUUUGAAGAACUUUCGCAAGAGGACAAGAACUCGAGCGAAAAGGUGCAUGUGGCCAUGACGAAGAAUGAAUAAGCGAGUGACGCACUCCAGAAUACAGAUUGAUUUGGAGUGCGUUUUUCUUGGAGGAACUCCGUAUUUUUGUAUCAAUUAAUAUACGAAACAAGAAAUAGAAAUAGUUAAAGGAUCCGAUGAGUUUUUCGCUCUUUGUAAUGAUUUUUUCAAGUAAAAAUCGGAGGUCAGAUGAUGGACAAUGUUGAGGACGCUCGGAUAUUCAGGGUAAUUCUUAAUCGAACUAAAUGAAUAUGACUGUCGGCAUACUGGUUUGCCAAUAUCCUACCCCCGCCUAAAGUUUAACAAAGCGAGUCACGAAAAGGAAAGAAACAAAUGCUAGGAGCCAUAACAGUCGUUCUAACCUACGUACGUUUGUGCGAUAAAGAUUGGAUGAUUUUCCAAUCAAACUCGAACAAACAAUCCUUA